CAGUUUAGAGCAGAAGAGGGGAGAUUAGCUCUUUGGUAGGAGCAAGGGUACUUCUUGCAUUGUAAUAGGAGGGAAGGCAGAGAAGAUGGGGCUCCAUGCUGGUGGUCUUGUGGAUUUGGGAUGAGAAAACAUCGGACAUCUCCCCAGAUGGCUUCUGUUUUUCUCAUCGAGGCGGCAGAGUUGAUUAGCAGCUAGUAACAGAGUGGGUGAGAAAGGAGAGUGGAAAACAUCUUUUUGCUAUGGUACGUAAGACCUUUGAAACAGGCGCACAUUCAUUUAGAUUCACCUAAAACAUCCAACCAAAUGCCAGAACUAUUUAUCACAAUUUUUGGAAUAAAAAAAUUUCAAUUAUCACAAACAGAAAUUAUCCUUAGCUUUAAAUCUCAUCUUAAAAAGGUGUUAUAGCUGUUCAGAAAAUCACACAUUUUUUUAAGUCCCAACCUGAAAUUGCCAACAAUUUGAAGUAUCAUGUAUAGAAUAAAAUGGACUCAUGGCUCAUGCAGAAGCUAUGUUCAUUCUUUAAGGUAUUUUAAUGGAAAGAAGAAAUUGUAUUGCAUUCUGAUUAAAGAACUAAUGGCACCCUGGAGGGCUUAAUUUUCAAGAAGUGCUGCUGAUAGGGAUAGAAUUGUUUUCUUUUUGGAGGCUGCCCUUCUGUGCCUCUGAUCUUCUCUCUGGCUCCUAACAUAGGGCUCUGCAUCAAGGAUUUUCUCAGUACGUGUGCUUGAGCGACUUUGUCUGGGGCCAGCCCUGAUACCUGCCACCAAAGACACUUUGGAUUACCUUGGGAGGAUCGCUACAAUGGCCCCGAUUUAGUCACUCUUUUUUUUUUUCCAGCUCUUCUACCCCUAACUUUUGUUGGUUUGCGAAAGGAAUGUGAGCCAAAACGUAAAGCUUGAAAAGUAUAAAGAAAGGAAACAAGUAAAUAGGGAAGGAGAAUAAAUACUGAACAAGACUGGGCAAGGUGACAAGAAGGCAUUACUGUGAAAAUCUGGAAGGGGGCCAGGGUGCCGAAUGCAGCGGCUGUGUAGUUCGCAGGAACUAUUUAGUGUUCAGCAUGCUUCAGUGAUCACCCAGAGAAAGCCAGAUUUUUCCGGUUUUGUUUGCUACCCUAGAGUUAGCUAUGGAAGUUUGACAUAGGUGAUCUGUGUUUUCUGUCAGCCAACCGAUAUAAAUACAGAGCACUAUGGGGCCUCUGAUCCUCCAAUCCGACGUGAUUUGAAUUGCUAGGAGGAGGACCUCUUGUGGCUGUAGUGGGAAAUACUUCAGCUAAAACCUAUCUGGGAGGCUGCAGACAUGUUUAUGAAGGAAAUUAAAAAACCUACAAAACUCCGUAGCUCUUUACAAUUACGUUUUACGUAUUUAUAAUAUUUAAUUGUUUUGAUAACACCAAGUACUGUGACCGCAUCGAUAUUGCAUCUCUGAGGAGUUCAGUGUAGUUUAAAGCACUUCAGAUUUUAUCCAUUUAAUUCACAUACCUCCUGAAAAGUAGAUAGUACAGGGCUUCUCAUCUCGGUUUUGCAGAUGGAAAGGAGAGGUACAGAGCAGCUCUUUUUGGAAAAUUCCCUACGAGAACCGAAAUUUAAACCCAUUUACUUUAUAAGGAGCAGCAGAAAGGAAAAGUUUUCUUUCAGUGGUUGCUGCUCCAAAACUCAAUAUGCUUCACGGCAAAGUCCUUUAAGUCGCAGACUAUCAGCAUUGUGAACAGGCAGCAUGUCAGCUGAAACACCAAUCACACUGAAUAUCGAUCCUCAGGAUCUGCAGGUCCAAACAUUCACCGUAGAGAAGCUACUGGAGCCUCUCAUAAUCCAGGUUACUACACUUGUAAAUUGUCCCCAGAAUCCUUCCAACAGGAAAAAAGGACGUUCAAAACGAGCCAGAGUUCUUCUAGCUUCUGUGGAGGAAGCAACUUGGAAUUUAUUAGACAAGGGAGAGAAGAUCGCCCAGGAAGCCACAGUUUUAAAGGAAGAGCUUACUGCUGCACUUGAGGGAGUUCGCAAAGAAAAUCAAGAAGUAGAACGUCACUGGAACCCUAGAAGCAGCCCUCAUGUCUCCUGCCAGUUACUACUCCCUCACUUCAAAGGCGAAGCUCUGAAAGAAUCAGCUGAGAGAUUUGCAGAUGACCCCUGUUAUCUCCCGAAAAGGGAGGCUGUGGUUCAAGCCGCCCGUGCCUUGUUGGCUGCAGUUACCAGACUCCUUAUCCUCGCUGACAUGAUUGAUGUCGUGUGUCUUUUGCAGCACGUGUCAGCUUUUCAAAGGACAUUUGAGUCUCUUAAAAAUGUUUCCGACAAAUCUGACCUUCAGAAAACCUACCAGAAGCUUGGGAAGGAGCUGGAAAAUCUGGAUUAUUUAGCCUUCAAACGUCAGCAGGACUUAAAAUCUCCAAAUCAGAGGGAUGAAAUUGCAGGAGCCCGGGCCUCCUUGAAGGAGAACUCCCCCCUCUUGCAUUCAAUUUGUUCAGCUUGUUUGGAACAUUCUGAUGUUGCUUCCCUCAAAGCCAGCAAGGACACUGUUUGUGAAGAAAUUCAGAAUGCCCUCAAUGUAAUUUCAAAUGCUUCUCAAGGCAUCCAGAAUAUGCUGGUCCCGCCAGAACCCCAGGCAGCAACUCUGGGAAGUGCCCUUGAUGAGCUGGAGAAUUUAAUUGUCUUGGAUCCGCUCACAGUGACUGAGGAGGAAAUAAGACCAUCACUAGAGAAACGUCUUGAGGCCAUUAUCAGUGGGGCCGCUCUACUGGCCGACUCUUCAUGCACGAGGGAUUUUCAUCGGGAGCGCAUUAUCGCAGAAUGCAAUGCCAUUCGCCAGGCUCUCCAGGACCUGCUUUCAGAAUACAUGAACAAUACUGGAAAAAAGGAAAGGAGUAAUACCCUGAAUAUUGCAAUAGACAACAUGUGCAAGAAGACCAGAGACCUUCGCAGACAGCUCCGUAAGGCUAUUAUAGAUCAUGUGUCAGACUCCUUUUUGGAUACGACAGUCCCACUUUUGGUUCUUAUUGAAGCUGCCAAGAAUGGCCGGGAAAAGGAAAUAAAAGAAUAUGCUGCGAUAUUUCGUGAACACACCAGCAGGCUCGUAGAGGUGGCAAAUCUUGCUUGUUCCAUGUCAGCAAAUGAAGAUGGGAUUAAAAUUGUCAAAAUCGCAGCCAAUCACCUGGAAACCUUGUGUCCACAGAUUAUUAAUGCUGCACUUGCUUUGGCUGCAAGACCCAAAAGUCAAGUGGUCAAAAAAACCAUGGAAAUGUACAAGCGCACGUGGGAGAAUCAUAUUCAUGUCCUCACUGAAGCUGUAGAUGACAUUACGAGCAUUGAUGACUUCCUUGCUGUAUCUGAGAGCCAUAUCCUAGAAGAUGUCAACAAAUGUAUUGUAGCCUUGAGAGACCUGGAUGCUGAUAAUUUAGACCGUGCUGCAGGUGCUAUCAGAGGACGGGCAGCAAGAGUUGCUCACAUUGUCACAGGUGAAAUGGACAGUUACGAGCCGGGGGCUUACACUGAAGGUGUGAUGAGGAAUGUUAACUUCCUUACGAGUACCGCGAUUCCUGAGUUUGUGACGCAAGUGAAUGUCGCCUUGGAAGCCUUAAGUAAAAACUCUUUGGAUGUGUUUGAUGAUAAUCAGUUUGUGGACACCUCAAAGAAGAUCUAUGAUACAAUUCAUGAUAUUAGAUGUUCAGUCAUGAUGAUUCGGACCCCAGAGGAACUGGAGGAAGUUUCUGACCUGGAAGAGGAUCAUGAGGUCCGCAGUCACACCAGCGUCCAGACCGAAGGGAAAACUGACCGGGCUAAGAUGACUCAAUUGCCUGAGGCAGAAAAAGAAAAGAUUGCUGAGCAAGUUGCUGAUUUCAAGAAAGUGAAGAGUAAGCUGGAUGCUGAGAUUGAGAUAUGGGAUGAUACAAGCAACGAUAUCAUUGUCCUGGCCAAGAAGAUGUGUAUGAUCAUGAUGGAGAUGACAGACUUUACAAGAUUCUACAUGUGCUUAAGAUGUGGUCUCAUCACAAGGGGCAAAGGACCACUAAAGCAUACAACUGAAGUGAUCUAUGCAGCUAAACUGAUAUCAGAAUCCGGAUCAAGGAUGGACGUCCUUGCUCGGCAGAUUGCCAACCAAUGUCCAGAUCCAUCAUGCAAACAGGACUUGCUGGCCUACCUGGAACAGAUUAAGUUCUACUCUCACCAACUGAAAAUCUGCAGUCAAGUAAAAGCUGAGAUCCAGAACCUGGGGGGAGAGCUCAUCAUGUCAGCUUUGGACAGUGUUACCUCCCUGAUCCAAGCAGCCAAAAAUUUAAUGAAUGCCGUAGUGCAAACAGUGAAGAUGUCUUAUAUUGCCUCAACCAAGAUCAUCCGAAUUCAGAGUCCUGCUGGGCCCCGGCACCCAGUUGUGAUGUGGAGAAUGAAGGCUCCUGCAAAGAAACCCUUGAUUAAAAGAGAGAAGCCCGAGGAAUCUUGUGCAGCUGUCAGACGAGGCUCGGCAAAGAAAAAAAUCCACCCAGUGCAAGUCAUGAGUGAAUUUAGAGGAAGACAUGUCUACUGAAACCAUUUACUCUAGUGCCUAUAUUACAAGUCCUGGCUAAACACACCGCUUUAUUUUUACACUUCAUUAGUUCUGUGAGUUCACUAACUUUUAGAGUAUAACCCACAAAUAACAUAAAACAGUGGAGGCUGAAUCAACAUUAGUAACACAUAUUUGGGAUCAUGUCAUUGUCAUCUCUGUAUGGCCAGCACCUAAUAAGUAAUCAAGAUAUGCUUGUUGAAUGAAUGAAAGCUUCGGGUGUCAUUCAGCCUUUCCCAUCACAGAGAAUAUCUUACAUUCAUUACCAAAUGGACAUAGAAGACUCAAGUGAGACCUGUCAUCUGUAAUAGCUUGAGUACACUCAACAUUUUCAUUUUGAAUUAAAACAUUGACCUGAAGUCUUGACUUGAUUUUAAAUGGAAACAAAAGACUUCAUAAAAUAUUUUCCCAUUUAAUCUCCAUACUUUCUUUACAUGACCUGACCUGACAGACGUGUGAUUCCUGCUAUAGGAAAAAAAGUUCAAUCUCUAGAUGUCUAUAUCUUUUGUCAACUAAUUAGGCCAACAUUCAUCAGAAACUAACCAAGCUUGAGCAAUUAAGCUACUUCCUGGAUUUUUAAAUGAGCCUUGAUUAUUAAUGGAGCAAUUUAUUAACAUUAUAAGGGUUAUAAUGAAUUUUGAUGCCACAAUGUGCCUUUUAGGAUUCCAUUGUGUUUAGCAGUUCUGCACAUUGAGUGUUGGGCUUAAAUGGUCCAUCAGAAUACAUAUGUGGAGGAAGAGUUCUCACCCACUGGGGAAAUGAGACACCUAACUAUAUCCUCAAGUGAGUUAUGACAACAGAAAUACAAGGAGUUCUGCAUGACUCUAAAAAUCCAUAUGUAUCAGCUUACAAUUGUAAUUAAAAAGAAAAGACAAAUUUGAAACACCUUUUGGCAUUGAGUAAAAUAUAACUGUGUGAAUUGUACCAUUGAACUAUGAAGUAGAGUUAAUGGCAAUGAAACUGGAGUAAUUUUAAUAACAUUCUUUCAAAUAAAAGUCAUUGAGGUCAUUUUAUAACUCCAAUCACUGUGCUCAUCCCUAGUUAAGUUCAUAAUGGACUUCAUAAUAGUCUCAGAGUCGAGCGCAUUGCUUCUUUCUCUCCUCGCUCUUUCUCUCUGUCUCACACUCUCACUCUUGCUCUCGCUCUUUGGAGGAAUUAAAUUUAAGUUUCACUUUUUCUCAUGCAUAGAGUUACCAUUCACAGGAUCUGAAACAUGCAUUCUCUUUUCUACUUUAUCAAAAUGAUACCAUAAUUGUAACUUUACUUUGUGCAACAUUGCCAUUGAUGAAUUGUUUCAACAAUCAGGCCAUCUUAGUCUGAUGAAGUAAAAUUCAAACAUGCAGCACCAGUUGAUGUUAGGAAGAUCAACCUGGGUGAAAGUAUGUGUGAAACAUCAAAAUGCAUAAAGGUUGAGAGCAUGAUGUGUAUGUUAUCUUGAGCAAAAUGGCAUGGGAAAAGGAUUUAUUUGACAUCAUUAUUAGUUAUGGGGAAAUGUUAACAUUAUUAUUGUAGUAAAUUAUUUCAUUCUUCUAAAAUUCUGGCUUGCCUGGGCUCACCACGUAAACUUCCUAGAAAGUGAAAGCAAUAAGCUUCUCCCUGUCUUGUACUAUGCACUGGCCCACAAUAAUUUUUCUGGACAGGUCCACUCCCUAAAAGAGAAGGGAGUGCAGAAAGGAAUAAGGGAAUCCAGCUAAUUCAAUUUUCCAGAACUAUCUAGAUAAAUGAGGCAAAAUAAGGAGUGUCUUUUGUUGGGAUGCUACCAUCAUUUCUGCUCUAAGAGUAGAUGUUGCAAGAGUAACAUCUAUGAUACCUCCUUUUCUCAGGUAGAAGUGUGAAUUUUUAAUUUAGUCAAGAAAACAAAUUUUAAAAAAAUCACCAAAUUACUAGCUGUAUAUUUUAGUUCCUAAAGCCACAUGCUCAAGAAUUGUAAGAGUCUCAUCUAGAAAAUCUAAUGUCCCUUUGAUCCUGCAUCAACUUUCCACAGGUUGGAAUAAGAUGCCAAAAGAACAGAAAUAACGUGAAAUUUACAAUUACCAAAAUAACCUCUAUAUCUUAAAAAAAAACUGACUCUUUACCCAAAACAAGAUGUGAAUAAGGCCUCCUCUUCAAAGUACGUACAUUUCCAGCUUAGCUCAAAACAAACAACUAUAAUUAAACAAAACAAUAUAAAAAUUAACUUGGCGAAUGUGCCAGCAGUAAAAUCUGCCGUAGUGAUCGAAGGUGCAAUAUGAACCAGAUGCAUAGAGCUGAGAAAGACAUCUGUGCUCCAGAGGGAAUUCCUGUAGUGGGCGGCAUUUCAAGAUUUAGUUUGAUUCAAACCUGCUGAUAAUAUAAGUGCUUAUAUGCAAGGAAAAUUAACAACAAAUAUGUUAACAAAUCUUUGCAUUAUGAAGCAUAGUUAAAUGAACCUAAUCAGUAAAUAUGAAUGUAGUGGGUAUAUUUAUAGGGAAGCCCCUCCCCUGCAUGGGAAUGGCAGAAAUUUCUUAAUGAGAAUGAUGGCUUUGGUGACCCAUCUAUACCUUCUGAGAUCACAUCACAGAGACUGGUGCUUCUUCUGAUGACACAUUUGCUUUAUCCUGCUAAUCAAAACUCACCUUUUUCUUUUAGUGAAAUCAAUUUGUGUUACUUUAUGUAGGAAAAAACAAAAAUCCUUGAGAGGGAGAAGAGGGUUUAUUCAACCUACAAGGUCGAUUCCUUCCUGGUUAACCACCAGCAUCCCUGUCAAACAUUAGACUGAAAUCACAAUGAUAACCUAGAAAAUAUUCAUGAACUCAUAAUCCGCUGAAGAUUCUUCUAAUUGAAAAAUUGGAAGGUUUUCAUCAAACAGGAAAGGUGAAAAAUGUAAAUCUCUCCUUUUUAUUUAUCACAAGUGGAAAUUAUUGGAUCAAAAUUUUUGUUUAUUUCUAAUGGAGUUUCUGGAAACAACUCGACGAUAAGUCAGAAAAAAAUUCAAACACUAAAUUUCAAAGGUAAUUUAUUAGUUAUCCCCUUUCUGUUUGUCUUAUGACAUGAGUAAAAACUAUGAAUGCAUUAGAAAAUACAAUAAUCUUAAAUGUGCCUUCUGGCCUUUGCAAAUCUCUUAAUUUAUCAGUAUUAGUAUAACAAAUGUUUGCCAUAACAUUCCUUCUGUAUAACGGGUAAAGAUCUCCCUACCUGUACAGAAAGGUCCAUUUUUCCAGUCUGGCAUUCUUGCACAUUUAACAGACACUUACCCUUCAAAGGAAGUCAGUUUUCAAGCCUUACUAAAGAAAGAUAAUUAAAAUUGUGACCCCACAGUUAAGUGCCCAUUUUGGGCCUCAAACCCAGCAAUUAGUGCUCCUCAAAUUCAAUAAUAAGUGGCUGAAAAGACUAGUGUCCGACAAUGGAGAAAGUUGACAGACUUUCUUUCUACACCUUCAAUUGUCCAGGUCUAUUGAUCUCCCCCAUCCCUGGGUGAGGUAUCAUACUAUUAACUGCUGCCAAGUUUCUGCCAGAAUGAUGCAGUCAGGCUUGCUCAUCCCAGUCAAUUACUCCAAUUGAUGUCCUUUCCUCUUAGUUCAUGCACCAAAAAUAUCCCUCUCCCAUCUCUCAUCUCCCUAGGUAUCUAACCCACAUAUAAAUUGAUUAAUAUAUCCUGUAGCAUUCUAGUUAAAAUUAUGAAUUUUAAUUCCCAGCAGCAUUAUUCCUUGUUUUUUUCUAUUCCAGAAAACAUUCUUACCCUUUCCGUGUCAAAUGCACACUUCCAUGCUAAGGAUUGUGGUUCCCAUGGAUACAGAUUUCUGUGUAGUGGCAGAAUGAAUGGAAGGAGAUCUGAGGCUUUUCCUGGUGAUGUUUACCAUUCUCUGGCGAGCUCAUUGCAGAAUUGCCAACCUGUGUCAGUAUUAUUGUAAAUAAUUCUCUAGGUCAACAAAGCAGGCAUCAGAAUCUCAAGUGGAAUGAAAUCUGAACUUUCUUUUGUCAGCCUGUCUUCUGCUAAGACAGCCUGUUUAUUGCAUAUUUAGGAAUCAAUAGCCAUUUUUCUGUUUAGAAAGUCAGAAAUAGCUCUGUUUGACUUGAUCAGAAAGUUUAGGGACAUCCAUAUAAAAGAUUAUAGCUUGCGUAUUAUUUCAAUAAAUCUUUUUAAGUAUCCUAGGAAAAAUUCUGCAACCUGAAAAAUUUAUAUUCAUGCAUCAUUUUCAUUUACAUAUCAUAUACCAGGAAACCACACUUAUUCAGAUGAAAACCCCAUAGUAUUUCUUUUGUCAUAACUCUCUUCCCAUACCAUUAUGAUAUAUCUUUAGUAUUAAUAUUUUUCAUGUUACUGCCAAAUAAACAAGCUAGACCUAAUGACAGAAGCAUCCAUAUAUAAAGUAGUUGAAAGUUUUCAUUUUGGCCCUUUGGGUCUAUUAGGAAAGAAAAUGUGGAUGUUUUUAAAACUAGGUGUAUGCAACUACAGAGAUCCGAAUCAAGGCUGUAAAACUAUCCCACACAUGUAAAAGAAGAGAGAGCAAAAGAAGAAUUAAAAUUUUAAAUUCAUUUUUUUGGCUAUUUUUAACCAAUUCACAUGAACAAGAAACAUUUUCUAUUAAAGCAAAAGAAAGCAUAGUUUACAACAUUAAUCAUUUUACAUGUGAAUUUUUUCCCCCUACCAGGAUAGAUAGGAUCUAUUCCUCGACACUUCAAAAGAAGAUCAUUAAUACUAACUGAGAGACCCAUUUCCAAAUGGAACCCAACCUUACCAGAAUCCCGUCUGCAGGCAGUAGAUGGUUUGUAGGGCUGGCCCUUAUGUAGAUUCGGGGAUGAGAUAUUUCAUGGCUGCAGGCUGGCUUAUGACAUCCAACAGUCCCCAUUGGUUUUGGGAAACAAAACACAAGAAUUGGUUUUCAAAACAAGUUUGACAAGUUGGAGAAAAAAAGGCAGUAAAUACAGAGCAGUCCUAAAGGAACAGGGCUAAGAAAGUGACAGAGGUUUGAGGGAGAAUAAGAAAGGCGGCUGCAGAAGCAGAUAACUUUUACAGCCAGAGGGAGGAGGAGUGAAGAUUAGGCAGCCUCUUCCUGAGGAAGAUUUUAAGGCUAGGAUGGGGCACUUGUUGCUGGUGGCUUGAGUGAAGUCAUGACAGAGGCAGGAGGAUGGAUGAUAUGACUUUUGAGGAUGAUUUAGUAGUAUUGUUUGCCAGAUGAGAAAGGGAAAUUCAGCUGCUUUUCUAGGCUGAUGAUGGGUGAAAUUUUUCCCAAUGUCAGAGCUAAUCAGGAUAAUCACACAUUCAUAUAUUUAACAAAUAGUAUUGAGUAACUAUGAUGUUUCAGGCUCUAAGUUCUUAGGAUAUACCACAUAACAGAAUAAACAGGGAUCCUUGCUCUCAUGUGCCAGCUCUGUGCUUAAUGCUGUUAUGUAUUUAAUGCUCUCAGUAACUCUAUGUGACAAACAUUAUUAUCUCCAUUCCAUAGAUAAGGAAACUGAGGCUUAAGCAGGAUAAGAAUCUUGCUCGAAAAGUCACUGCCUUUAAAAUUGGGUUUGUUGCAUUCUAAAAUCUGAACUUUUAGCUACCACGUCAUCCAGACUUCCUGGAAACUGGGAUUGGGGUUUUCAGUUGAAAAUGAGAUAGGCAUUUCAAAUGCUAGCUGACUUCCUAUGUAAGAGCAAAAAGAUCAAAACCUUGAAAAAAAUAUUAAUCCAUACCUAUAUCAUUCAAAGCAGGUAAAAGACAGGUGCAUAAGUAAUUAGCGGCAUAUUCUCAUCUUUAAAACUGAAUGUAGAGUAUCAGAUACAUAAGGGGUGAAUAUUUCAUCUAUGUGAUCUGAAAUAAAAUGAAAAUUCUUGCCAAAUUACUUUUGUUCCCAUAAAGGAGAACUCUUCAGUGGAAAUGCCCAUUUCCACCCUUCUUCAGCAUUGAUUGGUGAAAAAUAUUUGUUGACACCAUUUCUUUCCAGUUUUACAGCUGGUCUGUGUCUGUGGGUUUAUAAAUUAUAGAUCUCAGGGGAGUGUUGGCCAAGGAUUAUUGAAAUAAGGUAAACUUUGUGUUCCAAACUGACCCCAAUUAUAGCAAAUAUAUAUUUCCUUCUUUAUGGGGAUCACAAGUGUAUGCAGGAUGUGCCUGCCUGUAGGUGAGUUAAGUCCUAUAACUUUACAUAGUCCUUCCUCCUAGAACCCACCGAAGGCAGAAUUCUUCUUGCCCAUGUUGCUGGAUGUGCCUCCCUAUCUCAGGCCUGGAGUUGUUAAAUGACUUCCUUACCUCUCUUACAGUGGGGCCACAGGUGUUUCCUCAAACUGGAAAUGUGUUUAUUUGGGGUCUCCACCUUUGGGUACCUGGCAGUCACGAUGGUGCCUGUUCCCAACUAUAAGGAAAGGAAGCUCUCAAGAAGGAAAUUCUCUCUGAAAAAGGCUUAGAUUUCUAACAAUCAUCUCUACCAAUGUCUUCAGUGUAAGAUAUCCAAAAGCCACUUAAAUGAUAUUAGCAGAGUGGUCCCUGUGUUUUCAUUUCCAAUGAGAGAGUUUCUAGUUCUAAAGUUUUCUUUCCUUUGCAUUUUCAAGAGGAGUACUUAUUUUUAGUUCUGGUUACUUGAUCUUGAAGGUAUGUAGCAUCUCUUUAAACAUUCUAAGCCCUUCUCAGUAAUUAAAUCAACAGUUCAAAGGCCUGCAGCUAACUUUUUUUUCUAUUCUGACAGCCAUACAUUACACAGUCUCAGGCCAGCCCUCAGCUUGUCACCUCAGUUUCCCAUCUUUAUGUUAACCUCUCUGUGGUAUUCACUGAGAGUCUAGCUUAGACAGAUGGGUUUUCUUGACCGGGGCUUCUAACAUCAAAUCUGGGCUGGAGUGUUUAUUAAUAAAGAAAAUGGGCAAGUCUGAGAUGUUACUUCAUGCUCUCAGUUAAACAGAACUUUCCUCCUUCCUGAGGCUUUAAACAUAAAAUUAAUUUAAAAAAUACUGUAGAGAGAGUUUUCCAUUGCUUGCCAAAUUGCGCCAUUAUAGCUCUCUGUUCUUGUUUGUUGCUAUACAAUAUGUCCAUGGGAGAAUUUCAGCAACUGUCUUGCAGGCUUAAGUUGUGCUUCUUGUUGAUUUUGAAAAUUUUCCUUGUGCGGUCCAGUCUCUCUAAAGAAAAUUUCACUGGACUUGAAUGACAGAAGAAUGAUUUUUUCCUCCAUAUACAUGACUAGCAAGUUCCUGAAAACAGAAGUAGCAUAUGUUGUGCCCAGUUUGGUACUUAAUAGUUGAGAUUUAAAAUAAAAUUUUCUUGGGGAAGCUGGGUCAUUAUGAAUUAAAAUUUUUGGUGAAAGAUUUCCAGAGGCCCCUGCUUUCCAUUUUGAUUAUGCUUUUAGUUCCAUAGUGACUUGGCAAAAAAAAAAGGAAUCACUUACUUUAUGUACUUUUACAAACAGCAACUUUGAGAGCUUAUACUUAGUAACAUGUCUGAUGGCAAUAUGUGGGAUGAAGGCAGAUCUAAACUAAGACCUCUGAGACGAAAUCAAAGUGAGCAAUCGACAAUAGUCACGUUUAUUGCAGCACUUUCUUGAGAGCUGAAGUCUAGGGCCGUUGGAGGUGUUUUAGACCACCACGCUCGCGCAUCUCACUCUGCUGUGUGGAAGGCAGAGUGGGGCUGAGCGAACCGCCUGCUAUAGUAAGGCCGAUUCAAAGCUGUUUUAUGGUUUGGCUAUAGAUAAACUUUGGCAAAAGUACUUGUAGAUCUUUCUGGUCUAUAUUUACCCUUAAAGUCAAUUUCGUCAAUCAAUAAAAAUGAAUUAUUUAUCCAGGAAUAGAAAAAGCUCUUUGAUACCCUCAUGACAUUGACAUAGAAGCCCAAAUACUCCUUGUUUGAGACUCUGCAUGCCUUUUCUGUUUAACUGGAACAAUGAAAAAUUUGCUUUCAUUGUGCUCUCAAUUGAAUUAUUUCACACGUGUAACACUGGGUUUGUUUUGAAGUUACGUAGUAUUAUUUGAAAUAAUAUUUUUAUUUCUACUUACGUCACUCUGUAGUUUAUUAAUAAUUUGCUCAACUGAUAAACCAUGGAUGUUAAAGCAAUAAAAAUGAAAAGACUGGCCA